AUGUACUUCAUGGCCUCCUUCAGACUCUCCACCGUGAACCCCAUCUUGCCCGCUCCGCCGACGGCCGCCACUCCGCGCCCCGGAACGGCAACCCCGGCGGGCGGGGCUCGGCCCGCCUUCCGCCCGCAGGAGCUAUGGAGGCGGCGGGGGAAAAGCGGGAGGGGGGCGAGGCGGCCCGUUGCCUGCAGGCGGGGAAGCCUCUCCCGGAGGAGGAGGAGGAGAAAGAGGAGGAGGUGUUACACCUGGCCAAGCGGAGGAAGGUGCUGUGCUCCGAGUUCGCCGCCAUCACCAGUAGCGACGCGGCGGUGGCGCGCAGCUUCUUGGCCGGCAGCGGUUGGCACAUGGAGUAUUGACCUCACAGCAGAUGCAGCUACUACUAGUAAUGCUGGUGUCAAUAGCGCAGACUCAAGGCAACAAGAAGAUGACAGCAGCUUCUCCCUGAUAACUUGGAACAUUGAUGGGUUGGAUCUGGGAAGUCUGAAAGAACGAGCUGGAGGAAUUUGUUCUUACCUGGCAUUAUACAGUCCAGAUGUGGUGUUUUUACAAGAGGUCAUCCUGCCACAACUCUCUCUUCUACAGGUGAGAGCAGGCAGCUACGCUAUUAUUCCAGGUGCCGUAGAUGGCUAUUUCACUGCCAUAAUGUUGAAGAAAUCAAGAGUGAAGCUACUGAAACAGGAGAUAAUACCUUUUCCAACAACUGCCAUGAUGAGGAACCUUUUGGUUGUGCAUGUGAGCAUAUCUGGUAAUGAACUUUGCCUUAUGACCUCUCAUCUGGAGAGUACUAAAAAUCACUCUAAGGAGCGUAUGAAACAACUGCAAAUAGUGUUAGACAAAAUGCAGAAGGAGUCUGAGUCCACCACUGUUAUAUUUGGAGGGGAUACAAACCUCAGGGACAACGAGGUUACUAAACUAGGUGGCUUACCUAACAACAUUCUGGAUAUCUGGGAAUUUUUGGGUAAACCUCAACACUGCCGCUAUACUUGGGACACCCACUCCAAUACCAACCUGCGUGCAGAGUACAAGUGCAAGAUGAGAUUUGACCGUGUUUACAUUCGGCCUGCAGUGGAAGGGGGACAUAUUAUUCCACGAAGCAUGGACUUAAUCGGGUUGGAAAAACUAGAAUGUGGCAGAUUCGCUAGUGAUCACUGGGGUCUUCUGUGUAAUUUUGAUGUGGUACUAUAAAAAAGAAAAAAGGCUUGCAUUGUUUGUUUUUAGGUAAUUUGUUCUUGAUUUACAGAAUUUUACCCUCUGUGUUGAAGUGGGGCAUAUUUCAGUUUUCAACCCUAAUGCAGUCUCUGCUCUUGACUUCCACUGGAAUGGCUUCAUUUCAAGCUAGGUUUCCCUUUUUAGUUUCCUGAUAAAAAUAUUUGGUUUUAAUAAUGAAUGCAAAUAUAAAAACAAAUUAUGGUUUUAAAAUGGGAGAAAGAGACUCUAAAUACAAGUCAUAAACAUAAUGGUUUAAAAGACAUUUUUAUUUUGGCAUGUAUUAUAAUCUCAUAAUAAAUGCUGCUUUUUAAUUUUAAGAA